UAGAGAUUUUGAAGGUCUGGAGUGGGGCAGAGAGUGGUUCGGGGUGGAUUUUGGUAGUGCAGGGGUGGGAAACGAGGUUGCUAUAAUAUCACAAACAAAAAUGUGGACUACGAGAACAAAGGAGCCAUGGCCUGCCUAUUUGCCACUGAUCCCUAACUUGAUUAUUGGAUUGAUUAUAUUUUUGAUAUUCUGACUUUUCAGAAGGAAAGCAAGAAGAGACCGAGGAGAGUUUGAGUGAGAAGUUAUCAUAGUUAUUAUAUCAGCCAAGAUAUUUCAAUUAAGGAAAUAAUAAAA